AUGGAGCGAGACCAUGCUCCGUUACCUACGGCAGCACGUAUCCGGUCUCCCUACACCCGUCAACCUUUCACGUCCAUCUUCUCUUCGUUUGCAUUCAGGACUUUUCGGCUUUUUUUUUUGAUUCAUGGGAUACUCGGUUCGGAAGGCUUAACUGGAACUUUGGAGUUCGAGAACUGGUCAUAUCACAACAGACGUCUGGCAAACGACUGA